CUGAGAGUGAGACAUUAGAAGUAACGAUAAGAUAAGAGAGCCUCCCAAUUUUUCUUUUUCUUCCCCUUCUUCUUCUUCUUCUUCUUCUUCUUCUUCCUAAUCUCCGUUAUCAACACCACCCGAUGGAAGCCACAGCCACCGCCGUAAUGAGCUUUGCCCUUCCCUCCACCAAUUCCAAGACACAAACUUGCCACCUCCUCACACGACCCAUUAAUCCAUUCAGCCUUCCCCCAUCCUCCAAAACCCAUCUCCGCCUCCCCCGCCCCCACAACCACCGCCUACCCACCAUAACCGCCGCCAUUUCCCGCACCAAGAAGGAAGCCACCGUCGAAACCGUAAAACAGCAGCUCGAGAAUUGCUACCUCCUCGCUGGCAUCAACUAUAAGGGAUUCACCGUGAAGCAGUUCCAGGAGCUCCGAAAAUCCCUCCCCGAAACCACGAAGCUCCUCGUCGCGAAGAACACGCUCGUGUACAAGGCGGUGGAGGGCACGCGCUGGGAGACCCUGAAACCCUGCAUGAAGGGCAUGAACGUGUGGCUCUUCGUCCACACGGAGGAGAUCCCUGCUGCCAUUAAACCCUACAGAGACUUCCAGAAAGAGAAGAAGCUCGAAGAGAACGAUUUCACCGGUGGAGUCUUCGAAGGCAAGUUCUACGGCCCCGAUGAGUUCAAAAAGCUUGAGACUUUGCCCACGCGCGCUGAGAUUUAUGCCAAUUUAUUGGGAUCAUUGAAGAGCCCCGCCUCUGCUCUCGUCAGCACUCUUCAGGCUCCGGCCAGGGACGUUGUAAUGGUUCUCAAGGCCUAUGUCAAGAAGCUCGAAGAAGAGGCUGGUGCCGCCCAAUCAUAGCAUAGGUUAAAGUGUAUGUUGAUCUUGUUUUGAUAUUUGAUUGUUUAAUUGCAUUUGAGUUUGAACGUGCUCUAUUUAUAUAUAUAAUAUAUAUAUGUAAAUUGAUUGGUUAA